UUCUGGUUUUCAGAAAUCGACUUUUGCCUUGCUUUUUGAAAGCAUGGGUUUAUUUACCUGGUAGAUGGUGUUUACAGGACUGAUGCAUGAGUCUGUAUUAACGUCCGGCCAAAGAUAACAGCUGAAGGCACAAGAUUACUCGCAUUAACUGUGAAGAAUGGCGCUACUCGGAUUUAUUAUCUCCCUUACAUUUCUCUCAAAUCUGAAUGUUGCUACGGAAAUCACCGACAGCCAUAUGUCUGGAAACUGCAUUAGCUCCGAAGGACCCAGAUUUAGCCCCAGUCCUCGGUGGCCUGAUAGUCCACACAUGGCAGGAGGGUCCAGCAUGCUAACGUUUACUUGUACUGUGAAUCAGAAUGUUACUCCAAGCUUCAACAUGACAUGGACUAAAGAUGGAAAAGUGAUUAGCCCAUCAGACCAUGCCCUCUUUAAAAAUGAAAACCAGGUUCUGGAGAUCUGGCCGCCAUUAAUGAAUACUGAUCAGGGAAUGUAUGCCUGCACAGUAACUGACAGUGUUGGACACACGUGUACAUACAGUGGAUAUGAAAUAGUUGUCCCCAUUGCUCCAGCAGAUGCACCAAGUAUUGUGGAGACAUCUCCAAUCAACAGGGUCAAGGUCGUUUCUCUGGGAGACAGCACCCAGAUCAGCUGUACCAUGACAGUAGGGUCAAUGGCAAUGAUGCUGGAGCGAUUUUGGAAGAGAAAUGGAACUAAGCUGGAGGACGACUCUCACUACACCUGGGACAAUUUAAAUCAUGAGAAUGGCAGGAAGGAGUUGAUCCUGAAUAUUACCAACAUCACAAGUGAAGAUUUGGGAGAUUAUGUUUGUGUGGCAGAAAACAGCUACGGCACAGAUAACAAAACCAUUACUCUACAACAGUACAUACCAGGUUCAGAUACAGGAGAUGUAUUGGCAAUGUGGCAGAUUGCUGUGAUAUCAGCCGGAGGAUUUCUAGUAUUAACCAUGUUUGUGGUUCUCAUGGUGAUACAAGUGAAACGACGGAAGGACCAGAUAGAUUGGCCUCCUCCUGAUCCAGAAAAGUAUGAUGUGCCAGGCUAUCACCUUGAGCAUGAUGUCUUCAUCUCCUACAGUAGUGAAGAUGAGGAAUGGGUUAAAACCAAACUCUUCAAGCAGCUUCUCAACAUGGGCUACAACGUAAACAUAGAUUUUAAAGACUUUGUACCAGGGAUGGCCAUUGCAGAAAAUGUCAUGGAUUCCAUCUACAAAAGUCGCAAGACUAUUGUCCUGAUGUCGAGAAAUUUCCUGAAGUCAAUGUGGGGACAGUUUGAACUGCAGCAGGCCCACAACAAGGCUAUUGCCCAGAGAAAGGACGUGCUGAUUCUCAUCAAGUUUGAUCAGUGUAAAGUUCCAGCUAAACUUAUGGGUAAAACAUUCCUGGACUGGACGGACAAGGAUAUACAGCCACACUUCUGGCAGCGACUACAAGACGCCAUCGGUGAUCCUGUCGACUACACAGAAAGAAACCAUGCUCCUGGUGCUGCGGACCAACUUCCUGUUGCUGGAGAUCAGCUUCCAGUUACUGCGGACCAACUUCCUAUUGCUGGAGAUCAGCUUCCAGUUACUGCGGACCAACUUCCUGUUGCUGUGGACCUACUUCCUGUUGCUGCAGAUCAGCUUACAGUUACUGCGGACCAACUUCCUGUGAGGAAGCAAGAUAACAAGAGUACUGAUGAACUGAAAGUUGAUAAAGAAAAUCGGAAAAAUUUAGAGAAAGAAGAGAACAAAGUACGUAUGAGACCAAAGAAGAUAAAGAAAAGACAGAAAAUGGAGGAAUGGGAUCAAAUGAAUGAAGAGGACAUGGAAGGUAUAAGGAUAAGCCAGGAGGAAAAAAUGCAGUUGAUUGCUUAACUCAGACAGGGAGUUACUUGUUAAUUAUAUAUGGGUAAACACACUAACUCUGACAGGGAAUAUCUCCUUACUUUUAUAUGGGUAAACACACUUACUCUGACAGGGAGUUACUUGUUAAUUAUAUAUGGGUAAACACACUUACUCUGACAGGGAGUAUCUCGUUAAUUUUAUAUGGGUAAACACACUUACUCUGACAGGGAGUUACUUGUUAAUUAUAUAUGGGUAAACACACUAACUCUGACAGGGAAUAUCUUGUUAAUUUAAUAUUGGUAAACACACUAACUCUGACAGGGAGUAUCUCGUUAAUUUUAUAUGGGUAAACACACUAACUCUGACAGAGUGUUGUGUCCUAUAAACUUUGGUGUCAUAUUCGAUCAACUUUGUGAAGGAAUAUUCCAUUUGACUGGGAGAAUCCCAUUAACUUUGGUAAAUCGGGUCCCAUUGAUAACGGCAGAAAUUAAAGGACAGUAGAAUUGAAUGAUUUUUGCAUAUUAUUUAUAUUUAACCUUUUCCCUGUUUUUAUUUUUUCAUCUUUAAUAUUCCAUUGAUUAUUAUGGAGAGCAAAACCUUGAAAGUGUCUGUUGCUUGAUGAUCAUGCUGAUUUGGACGAGCAUGUGUAAUUAACUGUUGCUUUUUUAACCAAACUUGCAUUUAUUAGAUAUCAGUAUUUCGACUGUAUAUGCAAAUAUUUUAUUGAAACAUGUAAGAAAACUAGUUUUUUUUUACUCAUUUGGCAAUUCACAAAAUCAAAACCUUGUGAAUAACUCCUAUUAAUUAUUCACAAAAUAUUUUUCCUAUGAAAAUAACAAAUUGCAUUUAUACAGUUUUAGCUGGGACGACUUCUCAGUUGUUAUGGACUAAAAAUUGGUGAAUUCAAACUUGAAUCUAAAACAUAUAUUUAAAUAUCUUCAAUAAUAUUAUAAUAAUUUAUCAAAGUUUUACUUUAUACACCAACGAUGUAUGUAUAAAACGUGUUGCGACGUUUCAAGACCGACUGGUCCCUCUGUCAAGCUAUGACAUUUUUAAGAGUUUUUGGUGCCAUUAAUAAGUUUGGUAACUCGAUAUUUUAUAGUAACGGUUUGAUAUAGAAGUUAUUUCCCUGUUUAGAUGGGAAUUGUAUUACUAAUGUUGUGUUGAAUUUAUUAGUUAAUACUUGUUUGGUCUGUAGUGCUACUUAACUUGAAAUGUUAGAUGAUAAAUUUCCUGAAUAGUUUUACCAAAGCAAUACAGUAGCUUUGCUAUGAAUUUCUACAUGAUUCCAUUCUUUUUUCAUUAAUUCAUAUUCAGGAUUGAUCAAAAAUGUAUUUUUUCUGUCAGGCAAUUAUUUAUACAUAACACAGAACAAAACACAAGUUAAUGUGCUUGCAAACCAUUUUAGAAAAGUUUUCACCAUGUUUUUUUUUAUAUUAUUCUUGUUUUAAUCAGAUUUUUAGAUGAACAAUUUAUAUUUAUUUGUAAUUAUGAUGGACCAUAUUUUAUAAAUUAAAUUAUAAUAUGCAUUUAUAUAUUUGAUGUGUGUUAUCAUGACUUUUUCUGUACACAAUGGUAAUUGUAAUCACAGCAUUUAACAUGACGCUAACAGAAUCAGAAAACAAAUGUCUUCAUAUGGAAUGACAGCAUCACAGUGUCAAGUGUUUCUGGCAUAGAUAUUCCCACCUCUUAGAUUUGUAGUCUUGCACAUUCAUGUAAACAUAAGCCACUUUAUUGAUCAGGUAUAGAAGAGAAAUACUUUUACAUGGUUAUGCUUUAACUCAUUCACCCCUGAAGACGCAUUUGAAC